AUGCCCUCCGCUACACGCCCCAACAUGGCCCGCCAACUGAGCACCACUUCCGGUGACUACGACCUGUCCUACACGCCCGACGUCCGCAGGACCCUGGGCACAUACGGCCUCACUCCCCCCGCCGUCGAGAGCUACGACAUCCAGAGCGAGCGAUGCCUCAGGCUCCUUGCCAUGAAGACGGCGCCCAUUGAGAAGUUCCAGUACCUCGUCCACCUCAAGGCCACCAACCCACAUCUUUUCUACCGUCUCCUCGGAGAGAACAUCAAGGAACUGACUCCUCUCAUCUACACCCCCACUGUCGGCGAGGCCUGCGUACGAUGGCACGAAAUCUGGACACAACCCGAGGGCAUGUACCUCUCAUGGAGCGACCGCGGCAACCUCCGCAAGAUCCUCGACAACUGGCCACACCAGGUCGACAUCACCGUUCUCACAGACGGAUCCCGCAUCUUGGGUCUUGGUGACCUUGGUGUGAACGGCAUGGGUAUUCCCGUCGGAAAGCUCGCUCUAUACACUGCCUGCGCUGGUAUCAAGCCAGACAGCACCCUGCCCCUGACUCUCGAUCUCGGAACCAGCAACAAGGCUCUCCGUGACGACCCCCUCUACAUGGGAUCCCGCAUGCCCAAGGUCACUCCUGAGCAAGAGAAGGAGUUCCUUGACGAGCUCAUGGCUGCCCUUACCGACAAGUGGCCCAGCAUCGUCAUCCAAUUCGAGGACUUCAAGAACCCCUUCCCCGCCCUAGAACGCUACCAAGACCAAUACGCCAUGUUCAACGACGACGUCCAGGGAACUGGCGCCGUCAUUGUCGGUGGAUUCAUCAACGCUGUCAAGGCUUCCGGUGUUCCCGCCAAGGACCACAAGGCUAUCUUCCUCGGCGCUGGCAGUGCUGGUGUUGGUGUUGCCAAGCAGAUCGUUGAGUACUUCAUCAAGGAGGGCUUGACAGAGGAUGAGGCCAAGCGCAAGUUCUGGUUCGUCGACUCAAACGGUCUCGUUACCCUGGACCGUGGUGACAAGCUGGCCGAGCACAAGGUCUUCUUUGCUCGUGACGACAACAACGGCCGCCAAUACCAGUCGCUCAGCCGCCUCAUCGACUACGUACAACCCACUAUCUUGAUGGGUCUGUCCACCAUCGGCGGUGCCUUCAACAAGGACAUCCUUGAGAAGAUGGCCAAGCUCAACAACCACCCCAUCAUCUUCCCUCUUUCCAACCCUUCAAGCAAAUCCGAGUGCACAUUCGAGGAGGCUGUCGUCGCCACUGAGGGACGCUGCCUGUUCGCUUCCGGUUCUCCUUUCCCCUCGAUGGAGUUCGACGGCAAGAUGCUCACCCCCGGCCAAGGAAACAACAUGUAUGUCUUCCCUGGUAUCGGACUUGGUGCCAUUAUCUCCAAGGCCGUCUCUGUCACCCAAGACAUGAUCUACGCUUCCGCGGAAUCACUGUCGACUUCAUUGAACAAGCAAGAGCGCGCCGAUGGCUGGUUGUACCCCGACAUCCGCCGUAUCCGCGAAGUCUCCGUCAUCGUAACCCGCGGUGUCAUCCGUGCAGCUCAGAAGAACGGUGUUGACCGCGCUACCGAGCUCCGUGGUCUUACCGACGAGCAACUCGACGCCUACAUCAAGAAGAACAUGUACGACCCAUACACCGAGCCCAAGUACUUCGACAAGAAGGUCUCUCAACAACUUUACGCAAGCGAAAAGUUGAACGGCACCACCGUCGGUGUCGCUGAGGUCACCAAUGGUGUUGCUCACUUGUAG